AGUAAACUGCUUCUAUCUAAAGUCUAAACCUCAUUUCAUAACAAUAACAUAAAUUCUUUCAUUUCUUCCUUGUUCUUAACUAUGUUCCUAAAUAUUACAUACAUCUCUUUCUUAUGUUUCUUCUUAUUGAUAAUAAUCACUUCUUUUCCAACACAAUCCCACUCUCAACCAGUUCACGAUUAUUCAAGUUGUAACUAUGUCGACCAUUCUUACAACUGCGGAAAUAUUUCCAACAUAAUAUAUCCAUUUUGGGGACAAAAUCGUCCGUAUCGCUGUGGCGCCGGCAACCCGUUUUACCUUAACUGCCACAACAACAGUAUUACUACCAUUCUAUUAUCAUCACAAAAUUUCACAGUACUUGAUAUUAACUCACAAAUUCACACCAUCAAACUUAAGAGAACAGACCUUUCCCAAAAUUUUUGUUCUCCUCAAUACAAUGAUACUUUCUUGUCUCCAACAAUAUUUCAGUACCUCCCAAGUGUCAAAAUCAUAGACAUAUACUACAAUUGUACUUACAAUGUCUCUCAAGAUUUACUUAAAAAAUCUCUGUGUGGAUCUCACAAUCCUUCCUUUUCUGAUUCCCAUUGGCUGUUUUUCGAAAAUCUAGAUCAAAAGAGAUGUGAGAAACAUAUUAAAGUGCCGGUAGAAUAUGAACAUUAUUUUGAUUAUGACGAUCUCAAAGAAUAUUUGGAUAAGGGAUUUGAGGUAGAAUACAGUGUGAAUGAGGGAUGUUUAAAUUGUUUGGGAAAUGAAGGAUAUUGUUCGAGUGAUUAUUUGGAUAAAAAUGUUGAUUUGUGCUAUUAUGAUAAUUGUCCAGAUGGGUCUAUUGAUAAUAACUGUUCUCCUCUUCACAAUAAUUCCUCUACUACCAUCACAGGUAAGCAGUUGAGCAGGCAAGGGAAAAUGAAAAUCAUUCUAGGUGUUGGAAGUGCAGCAAUGGUAGCAUUGCUGAUGUGCAUCACAAUUUGUUAUUUUAGAGGCAAGUCAUUAAUACAACAAGUAACAUCUUGGUUUAGGACAAAGAAUGAUAAAAACAUUGAAGCAUUUUUAAAAGAUCAUGGAGCUCUAUUGCAGAAAAGAUAUAAAUAUUCAGAAAUAAAGAACAUGACAAACUCGUUAAAGGAUAAGCUCGGGCAAGGGGGUUUUGGUGUUGUGUACAAAGGAAAGUUAUUUAAUGGUUGUCUUGUGGCAGUGAAGAUAUUGAAUGUAUCAAAAGGAAAUGGUGAGGAAUUUAUUAAUGAGGUUGCUAGUAUUUCUAGAACCUCUCAUGUUAAUGUUGUCACCCUUCUUGGAUUUUGUUUUGAAGGCAACAAAAAAGCUCUCGUAUAUGAAUUUAUGUCAAAUGGUUCUCUUGACAAAUUUAUCUACAAUAAGGAACUUGAAACAAUUGCAUCUUUGAGUUGGGAUAAAUUGUAUAAAAUUGCAAAAGGGAUAGCUCGUGGACUAGAGUACUUGCAUGGAGGAUGUACCACUAGAAUUUUACAUUUUGACAUAAAACCACACAACAUCCUUUUAGAUGAUAAUUUAUGUCCGAAGAUUUCAGAUUUUGGACUUGCAAAACUAUGUCUCAGGAAAGAAAGCAUUGUUUCAAUGUCAGAUCAAAGAGGAACAAUGGGGUAUGUAGCUCCAGAAGUGUGGAAUAGACAUUUUGGAGGAGUUUCACACAAGUCUGAUGUUUAUAGUUAUGGAAUGAUAUUGCUGGAAAUGGUUGGAGGGAGGAAAAACAUUAAUGCUGAUGCAAGUCGCACAAGUGAGAUAUAUUUUCCUCAUUGGGUAUACAAAAGGCUUGAGCUUGCUAGUGAUUUUAGACCUGAUGGAAUAAUGGAUACAGAAGAAGAUAAGAUUGCAAGGAGAAUGACCAUUGUAGGUUUGUGGUGUAUUCAAACGUUUCCUAAUGAUAGGCCUACAAUGAGUAAAGUGAUUGAAAUGUUAGAUGUUAGCAUGAAUUCGUUGGAAAUGCCACCAAAACCAUUGCUUUCUUCUCCGACUAGAUCUGUAUCAGAGUCUUCCACGUCCUAAAAUCUGAGGGUAUGUGUAAUUUUUAAUUAGAGUAGAGAUCAUCUUAUCACUUUUAAUCAUCUUGUCAUGCAAGUGGGUCUCAGUGCUCAAAUUAUUUUUAUAUUCAAUGCAGAAUCAUGAACAAUUUGUGAUGUAACGUUUAUGUUUUAAAUUUAUAAUUUUAACAUCAUA